CCUGUGUCUGUGACAAGUAGUUAGUAGUAUACUGUAUAACUAGUACAUAAUAUAUAAUUUGUGUUUAAAAACGGGGUGGGCCUUUCGCAAGUGGUUGUGGCAUGUGUAUAGCUAUAUACUUAUAAUUUAUAAAUUUAACAAAAGUACGAAAACCACUUGUAUAUAGUGGACAAAAUAAGAUAUUAAGUGAUGUAGAUGUAUAUUAUACACUAGAAUAGGCAACCAGAUACAAGAUUCAAAAGUCACCAGGUUCAAGUAGCCUAUGACCACUUCCUAGUUACUGUACAAACGUACAAAAUACUCCGUUAAAACAUGGUGUAGAGCGCGACGUCAUCAGUGCGGCAUGUCCGGGUGGGGGACGGGAGCGUCGGGCGCCCUGCGGCGCUCGCCCGCCUUGCUGCUGAUGCUGUUCGCCGCGCUGGUGCUGCUUCUGCUGGCUGCGCGCGCGCCGCCCGCCCCGCCCGCCCCGCUGCGGCCGCGCCCUCUACCGCUCGCCGUCGCCCCGCCCGCCGUGCCCGUCAACGUCACGCACCGGGCGCCCGCCAACGGCACUGCGAAGCCGGUGACGCGACCCGUCGACAAGGUGACUCGGGCACCGGGAGCGCCGCUCGUGAGUGACAUCUACGAGGCGGGACACGAGCGGCCUCACCCCGAGCUGUGCCCGGCGCUAGGCGCGCACGUCAAGGUGCUCAUCAUGGUGACGUCGGCACCGGAGCACGCGCGCGCACGUGACGCCAUCCGGCUCACGUGGGGCCACUUCGCGGCUCGGCGCGACAUCGCGUUUGCGUUCGCGCUCGGUCGACCUCCGUCGGCUCUGCGGCCCGCUCUCGACGCCGAAGAUGCGCUCUACGGUGACCUCGUCGUCGGGCGCUCCGUCGACUCAUAUUCGAACCUCACGCUCAAAACGCUGUCGAUCCUCGAGUGGGCCGACACGUACUGCCCGCGCGCGCCGCGCCUCCUCAAGACCGACGACGACAUGUUCAUCAACGUGCCGCGGUUGCUGCGCUUCGCGGCGGCUCGGGUCAAUGCAACGAACACCAUCUGGGGCAAGGUCGUUAAGAAGUCGCUGCCGAAGCGCACGAGCAAGUCGAAGUACUUCGUGCCGGUGGCGCAGUUCGCGGGUGCCGUGUUCCCCGAAUUCGCGACGGGCCCGGCCUACCUGCUGACGGCGGACGCCGUGCGCACGUUGAGGGCGGCGGCGGCGCGGCGUCCGUACCUGCGCCUCGAGGACGUGUUCGUGACGGGCGUGGUCGCCUCGGCGGCGUCCGUGCGCCGCGUGCACGCGCCCGAAUUUCUGAACCGCAAGGCGCCCGCGCACCCGUGUGCGCUGCAACGUGCCCUCUCGCUGCACAUGGUGCAGUUCCACGAGCAGUUCGACCUGUGGCGCAAGCUGCUCGACGGCAAGACCAAGUGCGCCGGCUAGACUCCCGACGCGACCGUCUCCAACCGAUUCCCGGGCACGCUCUAUUUUUUUAUAUUUUUAAACGACGCUCAGCGAUUAGUCGAUUAAGUUAAUUGUCGUCGCAUCUCUCUCGAUGUUUCCUACAAUAUAGGCUAAAUAUACUCUUUGAAAACGACGGGUGCGACCCCUUAUUUUAUGUCCAGGGGAAGUGAAAUGAAAUGAAACCUCGAAAAAUCUUGGUCUAGGUGUCGUUCGAGUAACGCAGGAAUUAAUUGUGACCUGUGUCGAGGGAUCGAUCGGAACAAACAGUAUUAAACAGUAAAGUCAUAAUGAAAGUGCCACUGAGAUUAAAUUGAGAUUAAUUUAGUAAAAUACUACGAUGACACGAGACAAAGGGAAAGAGAGAGAGAGAUGUGACGGCGUGGCGUCUUGCUCUCGCGCCGUGGCUCUGGCCUCGUCACAGUCAAUGCUGUUGAGCGCGCUGAGCGACCGAGCCGCAUUAAAGUUGGGCUGGUAACCGACCGACCGUCUAGUACUCACCUACUUACAUAUAAAUAAUGUUUUAGAUAUAUUCGUUGUGUGCAGAAUUUUAUUUUUCACGUCACUCAAACUGUACAACGUUAGGUACGCCCGAUCAAAGAAGUACAUAGCGAAACCGUUUAUGUACCUUGCAGCUACUGUACUGUGCCGCAUAUACUCUUACUUAAACAAAUUAUUGUAAUGACUCAGAUGUAAAUAUAAAUAUACAUUAUAUAAA